UUGAACACCAAGUAUUCCCUCGCUCGUUGCUUCCUACUUCUAUCCGACAUUGUUCUGUUCCCCGCUUCCCCUGGCCUUGAAUUACCAGCCCAGUUCCUGAGCGAUAGUUCCCCAUCCUUCACCUACUCUGGAAUCUCCUACUUCUCUGCUUGAUUGAUAGCACCGUCCAGACAGCUCAAGACUCAGGAAACGUCUAGUGCCUAAGAGCGACAUGGUCACCACGACCAGUGACCCAAGUCAACGGUCAGGAGCUAAGGCGCGGACCGUCAAAUGGCAGGAGCUCGAUGUAUGGCAGCGCGAGCGCGCAGGCGACGAUGGGUACAUCCUCGGUGGCUAUCGACUGGCAAAAGCAGACUAUGCAGAGAUUUUGACCAGCCUAACCUUUCUGCACAACGAGAGUUGCAAUAUAUACACUCAUCUAAUCGGGGCUUUCCUCAUACCGCUCGUCGCGACAGUCUUCCUGCGGUAUCUAGGUGCUCCUCAAUUCCUCAAUACCUCGUACAUGGACUAUGCCAUGUUUGGAGUCUACUUCUGGUGCGCCGAGGCCUGUUUGGUCCUGAGCACACUAUACCACCUCAUGCAGCCGCAUUCGUAUCGCGUGGAAGUAUUCUGGCAUGGUAUGGAUCUUCUCGGUAUAGUCAUUGUGACAAUGGGCACAUUCGCAUCCGGUAUCUACUACAUCUUCUUUUGUGAAGCGAGCUUGCAAAGGUUGCACUGGGCUAUUGUUUUCAUCACGGGCACCAUCACCGGUGCUCUUAUCUCGAAUCCCCUGCUCAAGACACCGCGCUGGCGCAGACUCAAGGUGACUGCCUUUAUUGUUUUUGGAUCUUCAUCGUUCAUACCUUUGCUGCAUGGGGUCCACCGGUACGGGCUCGCGUACAUGCUCCAAUACGCGGGGAUGAAGCGGUACCUUGUCGAGCUCGCCUACUAUGGCACCGGAGUCGGCUUUUACGCGUUCCGAGUGCCGGAGCGUUGGGCGCCGGGUCAAUUUGAUUUCUGGGGCAGCUCGCACCAGAUAUUUCAUGUCGCCAUCGUAUGCGCAAUGUACACCCACGUAACGGCUCUGCUGCACGGAUUUACAUAUGCUCACACUAUGGAUGUAUGCCAGUUCCAGGGGGUUCGUUAACUUUGUUGUGGUUAUAUUGAAGGCUAGACUUGCCCAAAGAGGCAUG